AUGCAGCAACAGCUGCCCUGCAGCAACCGUUGCCAGGAAAGUCCUAUUGCCAAAUAUUUAGUGAGGGCAACUGUUGUUGCCAAGCUGACCAUCAACUAUGAGUGGGCCCCCCUGUCCCGCGGACCCUGUGCCUUAGACGAGUGGGCCCCCCUGUCCCGCGGACCCUGUGCCUUAGACGAGUGGGCCCCCCUGUCCCGCGGACCCUGUGCCUUAGACGAGAGGGCCCCCCUGUCCCGCAGACCCUGUGCCUUAGACGAGUGGGCCCCCCUGUCCCGCGGACCCCCCUGUCCCGCGGACCCUGUGCCUUCACUACCUGUGAAAGGAGGAAUGAAGAUGACAGAUUCCAAUCGCAGUCAACAAGACAUUGGCCACUGUCUGUCUACUGGUAUAGUUGGACAGGAGCUGAGUUUCCCCCACCCUCAACCUCACCCUCCACAUUCACCCUCAACCUCACCCUCAACAUUCACCCUUAACCUCACCCUCCACAUUCACCCUCAACCUCACCCUCCACAUUCACCCUCCACAUUCACCCUCAACCUCACCGUCCACAUUCACCCUCAAUCCCACCCUCCACAUUCACCCUCAACCUCACCUUCCACAUUCACCCUCAACCUCACCCUCCACAUUCACCCUCAACCUCCACAUUCACCCUCAACCUCACCUUCCACAUUCACCCUUAACCUCACCCUCCACAUUCACCCUCAACCCUCAACCAUUGCACCCCACCCCCUCCCCCAGACAGCACCCCACCCCCUCCCCAGACAGCACCCCUCCCUUCCCCCAGACAGCACCCCUCCCCUCCCCCAGACUAAACCCCUCCCCUCAAACAGACAGCACCCCCCCUCCCGAGACAGCACCCCACCCCUCCCCAGUCAGCACCCCUCCCCUCACCCUGUCAGCACCCCUCCCCUCCCAAGACAGCACCCCACCCCUCCCCCAGACAGCACCCCUCCCCUCCCCCAGUCAGCACCCCUCCCCUCCCCAGACAGCACCCCUCCCCUCCCCCAGUCAGCACCGCUCCCCUCCCCUGUCAGCACCCCACCCCUCCCCAACAGCACCCCACCCCUCCCCCAGACAGCACCCCACACCUCCCCCGACUACACCCCACCCUCCCCCAGACAGUACCCCACCCCUCCCCUAGACUACACCCCACCCCUCCCCCAGACAGCACCCCACACCUCCCCCAGACAGCACCCCACACCUCCCCCUGAUAGCACCCCACCCCUCCCCCAGACAGCACCCCACCCCUCCCCUACACUACACACCUCCCCUCCCCCAGACAGCUCAUCCUAUGAUAAAGAGAUGAACGAGAAAUGA